AUGGACAGCAAUGAACUCCCCGAGUCCUCCGAAAAAUUUAAUAAUUCACAUGAUUCAUCUUUGCCAGUUGAUCCUGAAGAUCUUAUCCUUGCUAGUGGUCCUUACGGUCCUUUCCUUGACCAUGGAUCAUCUGCGAACUGUUUUUGCGAUAAAUGUGAUGGUCAUCAUAUUCCGCUUUACACUUGUAGGGGUGAAAAUUGUAAAAUUAAAUGUCCUCCUCAUACUAGAAAAUGUUCUAAAUGCGCCGAUCACAAUUAUUCGAUUAGACACAGAAUUAAUCGAAAGUAUUACGCUAAUCUGAAAUCCCGUUUAAAUUCUGAGAAUUUUAUUUCUUUUAGAAAAUCUUUAAUAGAUAAUUCUGAGAAUUCUAUUUCUUAUGAAAAGUCUUUAAUAAAUAAUUCUGAGAAGUUUAUUUCUUCUGAAAUGUCUUUAAUAAAUAAAUCAUCUGAUUUUGUCGUUGAUAAAGGUUUAUCAGAAAUCUGGAACAAGUUUUGGUCGGAAUUUUUGAAUAACUCGUAA